UCACGCCUCACGCCCACCUCAGUCCUCACGCCUCACGCCCGCCUUAGUCUUCAGUCCUCACGCCCCCCUCAGUCCUCACCCGCCGUUUCCAUCUCCAUUGAUCCAUCUCCAUCUCCAUCGCCGUUUCAGCCUUUCUGGAUUUUGAUUUUGGGGGGCGGACGGGACCGUUUCAGGCUUUCAACUUUCCUCAAUAUCAACGACUCAUCUCCAUCUCCAUAUGGAUGAUUUGCAAGAUGGUGUUGGAGUAAAUUUAGAGUCAGGCAGCACUACCGCAUCCGCUGCUGCUACUAUUGAUGCACCUAUUGGAUUGGCGUUGGAGGAGGAUGUUGAGCCUGAAGCUAAUUCUAAGAAUCCGACCAACAUUUCUAAACGUAAAAGGAAGCAUACUUCUGUUGUCUGGAACCAGUUUGAAAGGCUUCCAAUGGGUGCAGACCAUGAGCUAAAAGCCAAAUGCAAGGAGUGUGGUGUGGUGUAUAUGGCUAAUAGCAAGAAUGGGACUGGAAGCAUGCGACGUCACAUACAAUCAUGUGUACAUAGAGACACGCGUGACGUAGGCCAACUAUUGAUAUCACAAGACAAAGGGACUUUAGCAUUGAGUGCAAAGAGGUUUGAUGCUGAACACUUUCGUGAAUAUAACAACAGCAAUCAUUUUGCAUGACCUUCCAUUCUCAUUUGUUGAAUAUGAAGCUAUUACGGCGACUUACCAAUAUUUGCAUCCUGAGAUAACUUUGGUAACUAAAAAUACUUUAAAGACAGAUGUCCAAAAAAUAUUUUCUCAGGAAAAAGCAAGAAUAAAAUCUAUGUUGGAGUUGAGCCCCGGUAGAAUUUGUUUGACAUCUGAUUUGUGGACUUCCAUAGUUACAAAUGGAUAUUUGUCAUUAACUGCCCAUUUUAUUGAUAAAGAUUGGGUAUUGCAAAAGAAGAUUUUGAAUUUUUGCUUCAUGCCAUCACCACAUACCGGUAUUUCAUUGUCUGAAAAACUUUAUGCAUUAUUGUGUGAGUGGGGAAUUGAAUACAAGGUUUUCACUCUUACUUUGGACAAUGCCUCUGCUAGUGAUGUGUCUGUUGAUCUGUUGAAGAAUCAGUUGAUUGAAAAUAAUGCACUUAUUUCUGAUGGUUCUUUUUUUCAUAUUCGUUGUUGUGCACAUGUUUUGAACCUUGUAGUGCAAGAGGGGUUGAAAGAUAUUGAUUCAGUGGUUAAAAAGAUUUGUGAGAGUGUGAAGUAUGUAAGAGGGUCCCAAAUUAGAAAGAAGAAGUUUUUAGAGUGUGUAAAUCUUGUGGGUCUUGAUUCUAAGAGAGGUUUGAGGCAAGAUGUACCUACAAGAUGGAACUCAACAUUCCUCAUGCUUGACAGUGUUUUGUAUUAUCGACUAGCAUUUUGUCAUUUAGAAUUGAGUGAUUCUAACUACAAGGACUGUCCUGAUCCAUAUGAAUGGGAAAAGGCCGAGAAAAUUUGUGAAUUUUUGGAACCCUUUUAUAAUAUCACUUGUGUUUUUUCGGGAGUUAAAUACCCCACUGCAAACUUGUACUUUCCAACUGUGUACACAAGUUAUUUGUCCUUGAAGAAAUCUGAGAGAAGUGAAGAUGCAUAUUUGUCUGCUAUGGCAAAAGCAAUGCUUAUCAAGUUUGAGAAGUAUUGGAAAGAUUUCAGUUUGAUAUUGGCAAUUGCGAUAGUGCUUGAUCCUCGUUACAAGUUGAAUUUUGUAGAUUAUGCGUAUGGCAAUGUUUAUGGAAUGAAAGGGUCACCUCAAUUUUUAGAAGUUAAGAGAAAUUUGGAGUUGUUUACUGAAUACUCUAAGAGCAAGGGUUCUACAAUAAAUGUUGUGACUUCACUUCCUACUCCUAUUGCUAAAAACCCAACACAAAAGUUUUUACAGAGGCAAACCAAAGUAUUGAAGGAGUUCAACAACUUUGAAAGCCAAGAGCAAUCUGUCAUGCAGAAAUCAGAGUUAGAAGUUUAUUUGGAUGAGCCAAGAGUACAAGGGAGUGUUGAGUUGGAUGUUCUUGAAUUUUGGAAAGGAAAUUAGUUUCGCUAUCCGGAGCUUUCUUACAUGGCUCGUGAUAUCCUAAGUAUCCCAAUAUCUACUGUAGCAUCUGAAUCUGCCUUUAGUGUUGGAGGACGAGUAUUGGAUCAAUAUAGGAGUUCACUUAAACCUAUCGUAGUUGAGGCAUUGGUGUGUACUAGGGAUUGGCUAUUUGGAGAUAAAGAAAAUAACAAAUCGAUUCGGAAAGCUGUGGAUGAAAUUACUGAAGAUGUUUUUACUUUGGAUAUCAAUGAGCCCACUACUGGUUCAUCUCAAAAUUCUCACAACCUCAACACCUCAAAUGCAAUGGAAGGUUAAAGCAACUGGAAACUAAUUUUGGUUUUUAGAGCGUAUGUUGGACAUUCAACCUCAAGGCUCAAAGAAGACAUUUUCCUAUAUUUAUCUUAUGUUUUAUACACUUAAAUAUUCAAAUAUUUGGUUAUGUUUUCAAACUUAUUUAAAUGUACUUGGUUAUGUUUUCAAACUUCUUUAGAUAUUUGGUAAUUGGUAUGUUUUGAAACAUAUGUCAUAAGUGAUGUUUUGGAUAUAUCACCUUAUUCCUCUCAUAUCCCAUCCAUGAUCUUGUGAAUUGUAGACCUACUAUUUCUCAGCCAUUUGCCCUGUUGAUUAUACUUUGUUUUCCCUUGUACUGGUUACUCAAAACUAAAUUUCAUUAUCACGAGGAGGAUAUUAUAUUAUAAACAUUUGUUGUUAAUGUGUUUGAGUGUAAUUUUUUAUGCCU